AACCCGGAGCGUGGACGCGGCUGCGCGCACGUUCCAGCUCUGUAUGCUCAGAGUGCGCUUAUUAUUGGCAGUCAUACGCGAGCAACUCUCACGGGCGAUAUGUCUACCGCUGGCUCCGAAAAUAACAACGGAGAUCCCUCGCUGAACGGAUCUUGGGUGGAACUGGAGAUGAACAGGAAUGCAGGAAAUCCCGCCCAACCCGACCAUCUGACAGUACCUCCCGUCACCCCGGGCAACGGUAACCAUGGCGAGGGGUUGGGGUUGGGCUUAAUCCAGGAGGAAGAGGAGAGCAUUACCGGCGGCCUGGAGCAUGUGCCGUCCUCAUCCUCCAUCCACAACGGUGACAUGGAGAAGAUCCUGCUGGACGCACAGCACGAGUCCAGCAGGAGCAACUCCUCCUGUGACAGCCCCCCGAGACCCCACAGCCCGCAGGACGAGGGACAGAUCAUGUUCGACGUGGAGAUGCCCAGCAGGAGAGAGAGCCAGUCAGAAGAAGAGGGGAUGGGAAAAGAGAAGGAUGAGGAUAUACUGAUGAAGGGGUCUGACUGGGUGGUGGACUGGUCCAGUCGGCCUGAAAACAUUCCCCCCAAGGAGUUCCACUUCCGACACCCCAGACGCUCUGUGACGCUCAGCAUGAGGAAGACGGGAGUGAUGAAGAAUGGCGGGGUCUUCUCCGCUGAGUUCCUCAAAGUCUUCAUUCCCUCCCUGCUGCUCUCUCACAUCCUCGCACUCGGACUCGGGGUCUACAUUGGGAAGAGACUGACCACGGCCCCUGCCAGUUCCUUCUGAACACGAAGAAAACAAGUGCCUGGGAUCCGUCAAACUGCGUCGGAAAGAAAAUGUCACACCCUCGCUCUCCCCAUCUCCCCCACUCUCUCCUUCACUCUCUCACUCUUUCCCUCACUUUCUCUUACUCCCUCCCUCCCUCCCUCUUGCCACGAGGCUGAUGUGAAUGUCGCGAUGUGGCCUGAGAGGGGCCGGGGUCUUAGAGAGGAAGGAGCUUUAGAAAUAGUGGGGUCCCAUUUCUCUCUCUCUAGUGCCUUUCUCUCUAUUUAUCUCUCCAACUUUCUCUCUCUCUCUCACUCUCUCAUGCCUCUCCCUCUCCUUAUCUCUCUCUCUUUCUUUUAAUUCAGAUUGCCCUUUUUUAUUCUUUGUCUUGUUGGUCUUGAUUUCAUUGCCCAGAGCUGUUUUUGGGCCUGGCUGAGUGAGGGAGCCCACCUGGGCAGAAUGUCUCUGUUGCCAUGGAGACUCAUCUCGGUCGGUGUCGGUGAAGUGGAAUCACUCUGUCGUUGCAAGUGGUCACAUGUGCUCCAUAUGCAGUGUCACUUUGUGGGGGGGUGUGGGGGUGUGUGCGAUGUACUUUUUAUGGGCUGUGUUAUUUCAGUGGCACAAACUCAGAGGUACUGGUGAAGAGGAUGGAGUCAGGUCUGAGGUCCGGCCUUGACGCAAUUCACCCCAACGUACCAUUAUUGGUAACAAAAUCCCCAAAUUGGAAAUGUGAAUAUGCUCUGGUAUUGUUUUUGUUAGUUCUGUUUUUAUCAUUAUUGUUAAUACUAUUAUUAUUACUUUUGUUAAAUAAUUUUAGUUGCUGGAUGGUAUUGAGCCAAAAGCUUGCUUCAGUUUAACAAGGAAGAUUGCAGCCUUUGUUACCAUGGAAAUGUACCUAUCCAUGUGUCCAUCAAAUCAGAGGAAGUAGCAGAUCCAGCCAACAGUGUGAUCACUCGGGGGCAAAGACACCAGGCCGCAGUAAGGUCAGGGUUAUGGUUAGUAGAAUAGCAGGAUGCAACUCAGCGGUCUAUCCCCUAUUUUAUUUUUUUUACCAUCUUAUCACAUGCUGUUGUGCGGAAAGGGUUCAGUGUUGUUGUUUUUUUUGCUUUAUUAAAAUGUUUUGUUUCGUUCGCUUUUAAAGUCUCAGAGCCUAAAAGUUUGUUUUUCUUUUUGUGUGCUGAGAAAUAGUGAGGAUGGCACGAAGGAGAGUCGGUCUUUGCGAACACGCUAAGCAGGAGGGUCUCAGCCGUUUGAUGAGGACAUGAUGAGUUACCGAAUCCAACCCUGAACAUGUGGAGUGGUCGGUAUGAGAUAACCUAAAGCAAUAGCCUGUCCUCAUACGGUUGGUUGAAGUGCAAAAGGCACCAAACACAACUUGCCUUCUGUUGUCCCCUUGUUCCAGGUCAGACGCUAUAGCUCGCAGAGCCCACACAGAGUGUGUGGCUUCUCAGUGAUGCUGCUCAUGGGAUAUGUAGUUCAGGGGAGCCUGAUUUAGGGAGUUUGAGCCAGCCCUGGACACACUUCUGAUGAGUACUGUGCUGAGCCGAGGACUGUAGUUACACACGGUCUCAGAGGUUUCAGAGAUGUGACAGUAGAUGCUGUUUUUUUCUGUUUUUGUGGGACAGAGAUCGAAGGCGAGGACAGGGGAAGGAUGCUACUCUCCUUAGAAACAAAACCUUUUUUCUUCCUUAAACAAAGAGCUGGCAGCCCCUGAACCAAUGGGGUUAGUUCACACUCCUAUUAUGACCGCCAUCUACUCACUGCUCAGACAUCUACCAAAUACAUUGGCUGGGUUUGUAUUUUCAUUUGUUCUACAUGGUAUAAAUACACUGUGUAAGAACUUUAUCUGGUAGUCCUGUACACCAGUUUGUUAAUGCAAAUAUCUAAUCUGCCAAUCAUGUGGCAGCAAAUCAAUCCGUAAAAGAAUGCAAACAUGGUCAAGAGGUUCAGUUGUGCUGACCACCAUCAGAAUGGGGAAGACGUGUAAUCUAAGUGACUUUGCCUGGAAUGAUUGUUGGUGCCAGAGUAUCUGAGACUGCUGAUCUCCUGGGAUUUUCAUGCACAAGUCUCUAAAAUUUACAGAGAAUGGUAUGAAAAACAAACAAAAAACAUCCAGCGAGCAGCAAAUAACCAUGCAUUACAACAGUGAAAUGCGGAAGAGCAUCUCUGAACACACAACAUGUCAAACCCUGCUACAGAAGCAGACCAAAAAGUUUAAUAAAUACCUAAUAAAGUGGUCACUGCAUGUAUAUUCCCAGAUUAGGGCCUGUGUUAGACUUAGCCAGUUGUGUUAUUAUUCACUAUGUGCCAAUACUGAGCCGGAUUUAGACCGGGAGAGCAUUGCGUCUACUUGCACCUGCUGUAGAGUGCCGUGAACAUAGCUAUCAAAAUGUCCCGUGAGUUUUUCUUACUUUUUUUUUUCUACCAAUGUGUCUGUGUUGAGUGAACCACAAGCUAUUUUCCUCAUCAUUUUCACUCCCAUUGUGUCUGAUUUUAAUUACAAUUUUUAUCCAUGUAUGUCAUGCCUACUCAGACAAACUACAUUAAAAUAACGUUUUUGGCGAGAUGAACUAGCUAAAUCCUCAAUUUCAUUUAGAACUGAGGGCAAGGCCCAUGAAUGAAGACUUUCAAAUGAGUAAUAAUAAUAGUACUAAUAAUAAGCACAUUCUUUGUUUUCUUUUCGUGUUGUUGUUUUUGUCUUGUUUUUCCCCUCAAAUUGGAUAAAAAUAACUUGGUAUUAAAGUUUUCAAUGAAUCAAAA